AUGGGGACCUGGAUUUUGUUUGCCUGCCUCCUGGGAGCAGCCUUUGCUAUGCCCCUACCACCUCAUCCUGGGCACCCUGGUUAUAUCAACUUCAGCUAUGAGAAUAGUGCCCCUUGGGCUAUCAAUAUUGACAGGACUGCAUCAGUGCUUACCCCUCUGAAGUGGUACCAGAACAUGAUAAGGCAUCCGUACCCUUCCUAUGGUUACGAACCCAUGGGUGGAUGGCUGCACCACCAAAUCAUUCCCGUGCUGUCCCAGCAAAAUCCCUCGAAUCACGCCCUGCAGCCUCAUCACCACAUCCCCAUGGUGCCAGCUCAGCAGCCCGUGGUCCCCCAGCAACCAAUGAUGCCAGUUCCUGGCCAACACUCCAUGACUCCAACCCAACACCACCAGCCAAACCUCCCUCUGCCUGCCCAGCAGCCCUUCCAGCCCCAGCCCGUCCAGCCACAGCCUCACCAGCCCAUCCAGCCCCAGCCACCCGUGCACCCCAUCCAGCCCCUGCCGCCACAGCCACCUCUGCCUCCGAUGUUCCCCAUACAGCCCCUGCCCCCCAUGCUUCCUGACCUGCCUCUGGAAGCUUGGCCAGCAACAGACAAGACCAAGCGGGAAGAAGUGGAUUAAGACAUCAGAAAAUGAGACGACUGAAGCAAAUACUUCAGGUGCUUUCAGAAUGACACAAGAACAUGAUGAG